AUGGCCGCCUCGACAUCGAACAUGGCUGCAGCCGGACCAUCCACCUCGGCUUCCGGCUCAGCAGGCAGCAACAACAAGCUCGCCAUCACGCCCAACCUCAUCUCUGCACUCAAGCCGGCCAAGGUCUUCUCACAGUUUGUCGCAAAGGGCAAAGCCAUCACUGCAGCAUCGUUCGACGACGCUGGCUUCCAAUGCAUCACCUCGGGCGAGGAUGAGCUGAUGCAUCUCUACGAUACCAAGUACGGCGUGCAUGUGGCCAGCAUCCCCUCGCACAAGUACGGCGUCCACCUGACGCGCUUCACACACGACAAGGACUCGGUCAUUUACGCAUCCACAAAGGAGAAUAAUGCGAUCCGAUACAUGGACCUCAAGACCAAAAAGUACACGCGCUACUUUGAAGGUCACGAGAACAAGGUGGUCACGUUGCAGAUGAGCCCCUUGGACGACACGUUCUUAUCCGGCAGCGUAGACGAGGCGGUGCGGUUGUGGGACCUGCGAUCGCUCAAAUCGAUGGGUCUCAUGAACGUUCAGGGGCAUCCGGUGGUUGCGUACGAUCCUACUGGUAAAGUGUUUGCCGUAGCCCUCAACGAACGCUCGGCAGUGCUGCUGUACGACGUUCGCAAAUUCGACCAGAUGCCGUUCCUGGUGGUGCACCUCGACGAUUCGGCCGCGCUGUCCAAAGUUUCGAUGCCGCCAAGGAUACCCAUCAUCACCUCGCUCACUUUCACCAACGACAGUCAGUAUCUGCUGCUCGGCACAUCGGGAGACGUACACUACGUCAUCGACACUUUCUCUGAAGGCGGUCCGGUGGUGGCGAGACUGAUAGGACACGAGGGACUCGAGCGCGCAUCAGGCACAUCGAUAGGUAUGGUGGCUGAGGCGGGCAUCAGUGGGCAAGAGGUGAGCUGGACGCCGGACGGCAAGUGGGUUUUGUCUGGCUCGGCCGACGGCUCAGUGGUGUUCUGGCACGUCGAUCUGGAAGAAGCCAGCCGCAACGAGUUUCGCAAUUUGCGACCGAGAUACAAGCAGACGGGUCACGAUGGCACCAGCCGCGUUGUAGCAUUCAACCCGCGAUAUGCACGUAAGUAG